ACAGGGUGCGGAGGGCCAGCCCCUUCCCUCUGCCCCCCAUCCUGACCUCCCCCUGCCAUUCCGCCUGGCAGGGACCAUGAGGCUGUCCCUCCUCCUCGCCAUGGCGGAGAAAGUCGCGCUCCCGCGGGGCUACCGCUACGGCAUGAACAAGCCCGGGUCGGUAGCCGACAAGAUCAAGAACUACCCCGGCAUCCGGCGCAAGAGGGUGGUUGUGGAGCCCAUCCGUGAAGAGGACUGGAAGGUCUUCCAGGGCGACACGGUCCAGAUCCUAUCGGGGAGGAAAGACGUCGGCAAACAAGGGAUGGUGUCUCAAGUCAUCAGGGAGCGGAACUGGGUUGUCCUGGAAGGCCUGAACGUGCAUUACCGCUACGUGGGUAAAACCAGCACCUACCGCGGGACGUUUGUGCCCAGCGAAGCACCGCUGUUGGUGGGGCAGGUGGCCCUGAUCGACCCAACCGACAGGCAGCCCACAGAGGUGGAGUGGCGCUACACGGAAGAGGGGGAGCGAGUGCGCGUCUCCCUCAGGACCGGCAGGAUCAUCCCCAAGCCGCUUGAGCAGAGGGAGGACGGCAUUAUUCCGGAACAGUGGAUAGAUGGCCUCAAGGACACAUCUGUGGAGGAGGCCCUGGAGAAGACCUAUGUCCCCUCUCUGAAGACGUUCCAAGAGGAAAUCAUGGAGCUGAAGGGAAUUGUAGAGACGCGAACCUUCAGGAAGUCCUACUGGUACUAACGCCUGUAGUCCGCGGAAUGCCUCCGGCCGGCCAAUGACUCCCUGCCCUCCUGAGGACCCGGGCCUGGCCUGGCCUUGGGCUGCAGCUUCAGACGGGACUGACUGAUUUAUAAAGGGUCUUCGAAGCCUC